AUAUUAAUGCUGAAGCAUCUUUACGACACAGAUUGUGUCACUUGGUCACCAUAAGGCAAAUUGUUUUAAGUAGAAUAUGCUAUGGAAGCUGUAAAAUAAGGAAGCAUAUGUUUGGGACUGAAAUCAAGCGAUUAUGUUGUAUUAUGCAGUCUCAAAAGACAACCAUCAGAAUUGGCAGGAUAUUAAGAGAAAUAAUUCAAAAUUGAUGAUCAUAUGGCUAUUGCUAUAGCUGGUUUAACAGCAGAUGCACGUAUUUAAAAAGAUGUAUAAUUACAGGUGUUUUAUGCAAAUAUAUGAGAACAGAAUGUUUAGAAUACAAAUAUACAUAUGAAUCACAUCAUCCAGUUGGAAGAUUAGUCUUUAAAGUUGCAGAAAGUUAGAUUUAUAUAUUUAAUUAAAGAGUCACAACAUAAAACUUAAAGCGGUGCCAAAAGACCUUAUGGUGUUGGAUUACUUGUUGCAGGUAUUGAUCCAAAUGGUGUUCAUUUAUUUGAAACAUGUCCUUCUGGCAAUUAUUAUGAAUAUAAAUGCUAAGCUAUUGGCUCAAGAUCUUAAGCUGCUAGAACUUAUUUUGAAAGUUGGUUCCAUUUAUUUGAAAAAAGUACUUUAGAAUAGCUCGUUCUACAUGGAUUAAGUGCUAUUAAGAAGGCUAUUAUGGAGGACGAAGAGUAAAUUAAAUAUUCAUUAUUCUUUUAGAUUAAAUGAAAAAAAUGUAGAAGUUGGAAUUUUAGGUAAAAAUUAAAAAUUUUUACAUUUAAAUGCUUAAGAAUUAAAGGAUUACAUUACAAAAUUAGAAGCCUUUAAUCCAAAUUCUUAAAUUUAACAAGAGUGAUGAUGA